AUGCCUAAGCACAAUUUUACAACGUUGACAUGUGUUAGUAAAACCGUACAUAUCAUCACAACUACUUUCUACAUCCAUGUGAAUUAUACCGCGUUUUUUUCAGGAUAAAUUGGGCUUUCAUUUGGUGGUAAAUGUGCUUUCAGUGACACCGGGGUCUUUGUGCACAAAGACAGGUAAGCAAAUAUGCGGCCCCACAGAAAAAAGCCCAGUUCUGUGAGGCCGCAUAUUUGUGUCACUUCGGCGUCAAGGGGUUAA